AUGCCAUUUGAAGAAUUCACCAAAAAAAUCUUAGAGAAAUUCGACAUCUCCUUUGAUGUGAUGAAGAUGCAUUACACCCUUAAGUUCAACCCCAGAGUCAUCCAAGAUUUAGAAGAUGAGGAUGACUUGGAUGACGUGGUUUCCCAUAGUGAUGACUUUGCAAAUGUAUACCUAGUAGACUUACCCUAUGUGGAAGCCAUUGAAGCAAAUAUAUCGAAUACAGAGUUGGCAAUUGGAGGUCCACCUGCGACGUUUCCUUCCUCUAAUGCAUCAUGUGAUGCAAUUCCUAAUACUAUGAUGCUAUCAAGAGGUUUUGCGUCGCGUUGUGCAGAUACUCAGGAUGAGUGUUCAUCUAAGGUCAAGGUUUCUUCAAAGAGAGGCGUAGUUGUUGUUGAAGAUGUGUUUAGAACCACUCCAAACUAUCUUCCCUGUCAAAUUUGUAAGGAUUUUGAACGUGGUCAUGGAGUUCACUUGACAUAUAACCAGGCAUGGCACCUUAAAGAGAAGGCAAAAGAGCGCAUAUAUGGAGCUCCACGUGAGUCCUACAUGUUUGUCCCUUGGUUAUGCUAUAGGCUAAGGGAAAUCAACCCCAACACAAUUGCGGAGUACACUUCCCAUGAAGGUCACUUCAUGCAAUUGUUCAUUGCCCAUGCAUUUUCAAUUCAAGGGUUCAUCAUGGGGUGUCGACUAGUAUUGGCUAUCGAUUCUUGCCAUCUAAGCGGACCAUAUAAGGGAGCUAUUUCGUCCGCCAUUGCAUAUGAUGCAGAUGAUGGAAUGUUCCCUUUAGCCCUUGGUGUGGUCAGUUCAGAAAAUUAUGAGAACUGGUAUUGGUUUUUGGAGAAAUUAAAGAGGGUCUUAGAUGGUAAAGAAGUUGUUAUUAUAUCAGAUAGACAUCAGGGAAUCUUGGUAGUGUUUCCGAGUUGUUUGGGACAGGAAAUCAUGCAUAUUGUUAUCAACAUGUGA